CAGCCCGCGAGCCCAGUCAGAUACCAGCCAUGGCGAAUCAGGGCCCCAUGACCCUCUGACUCGCUCUCGCUUUCUAUCACACACGUACGAGUGCGAACUAACACUCUGCAAUGACGCCGUCACAGACAAUUGCCUCCGCGGCUCAUACACACAAGGCUUGAGGCUCCAGCUGCACACGCCCCAUCCGCGCUUUGGGAGCUAAAGGCCUCCUCACCACCUGUCUCUCCCACAGCCGGACCUGGGUCACCUCAACUCACCAGGCAUAGCCCUACAAGCGCCGCGACACCGGAAGGGGAGCCAAAGGUCGAAGUUCAUUUGGGGCUCUGGGGCCUGUGGGAAAUGUAGUCCAACACCUAAAAGACAUUUGAACCGAACGUGGAGCCCACCAGCCGCAGAGACUUCUCCGCGCCCCGCGACCCCUGAGGGUUCUAGGGCGCGCUGAUCGCUCGCCCUCGGCAGAGGGGUUGCAGCUGGUGUUCCUUCAGACGCCGAAGUGACGGGUGACUGCCCUCUGCGAGCGAGGAUUCUUCCCUUUUCCAAAAGAAGAGCUCAAAAGAGAAGGUUCAACUCUUGCAAAUCUCAAAGCCAUGCCUCAGGGAUCAGUAUCAUUCAAGGAUGUGACUGUGGACUUCACCCAGGAGGAGUGGCAGCAACUGGACCCUGCUCAGAAGGCUCUCUACAGGGAUGUUAUGUUGGAAAACUAUUGUCACCUCAUCUCUGUGGGAUUUCACAUGACUAAGCCUGACAUGAUCCGCAAGUUGGAACAAGGAAAAGAACUAUGGACAACAGAGAAGAUUUUUCCAAGUCAGAGUUAUCCAAAAGAAGAUGGGACAGCUGAAGAUGUUUUAGUGAAGUUCAAAGAAUACCAAGACAGACAUUCUAGAUCAGUUGUAUUCAUCAACCACAAAAAACUAAUGAAAGAGAGAAGUAAUAUUUUUGGGAAAACAUUUACUGUCAACAAGAACCGUAUUAUUUCAAAAACAACACUACAUGAAUAUAAACCUGAUGGAAAGGUUUUUAAAAAUAUUUCAGAAUUAGUCAUUAGAAAUAUAAGUCCUGUAAGAGAGAAAUUUGUUGAGAGUAAUGGAUGGGAGAAAUCACUCCUUAAUACAAAACAUGAGAAAAUUCAUACUGCAGUGAAUCUCUAUAAACAAACAGAAAGGAGUCUGAGUAGUAAACAAGAGCUUAUUCAACAUCAGAAAGUUCAAACUCCAGAGCAAUCCUUUGAACAUAAUGAAUAUGAAAAACCCUUCCUUAUGAAAGGAAUGUUAUUUACACCUACUAGAGCUCACAAAGGAGAAAGACCCUUUGAAUACAAUAAAGACGGAAAAGUCUUCAUUGAAAAGUCAAAUGUCAGUGUCCACCAACAAAAUCUUAUGGAGAAGAAGCCCCACUCAUACAGCAAAUAUGGGAAAUUCCUUUGUAGGAAGUCCAUUUUUAUCAUGCAUCAGAGAUCUCCAACAGAAGAGAAACCCUUUCAGUGUCCUUACUGUGGGAAUAAAUUUAGAAGGAAGUCAUAUCUCAUUGAACAUCAGCGAAUUCACACAGGUGAGAAACCAUAUGUUUGCAGUCAGUGUGGAAAAGCCUUCCGUCAAAAGACAGCCCUCACUCUUCACGAAAAAACACAUAUAGAGGGGAAACCCUACCUUUGUAUGGAUUGUGGGAAGUCCUUCCGCCAGAAGGCAACACUUACUAGACAUCACAAGACACAUACUGGAGAGAAGGCCUAUGAAUGUACUCAAUGUGGAAGUGCUUUUAGAAAGAAGUCAUACCUCAUUGAUCAUCAGAGAACACACACAGGAGAGAAACCAUAUCAAUGUAAUGAAUGUGGGAAGGCAUUUAUCCAGAAGACAACCCUCACUGUACAUCAGAGAACUCACACGGGAGAGAAGCCCUAUAUUUGCAGUGAAUGUGGGAAGUCCUUCUGCCAAAAGACAACCCUCACUCUCCAUCAAAGAAUUCACACGGGGGAAAAACCUUAUAUUUGCAAUGAAUGCGGCAAGUCCUUCCGCCAGAAGGCAAUACUAACUGUUCAUCAGAGAAUACAUACAGGAGAGAAAUCCAAUGGAUGCCCUCAGUGUGGGAAAGCCUUUAGUAGGAAAUCAAACCUCAUUCGCCAUCAGAAAACUCACACAGGAGAGAAACCAUAUGAAUGUAAAGAAUGUGGGAAGUUCUUCAGUUGUAAGUCAAACCUCAUUGUCCAUCAGAAAACUCACAAAAUAGAAACUGUGGGAAUUCACUAAGAGAUAGGACUUUUUGGGUGAAAACUUCUUAAGUCAUAGUAAACCCUGAACAUGAUGUUGCUUGCAAGUAUAAUAAUAUUAAACAGUUUAAGGUACUAUACCACAUAUUUACCUACUAUUUGCUAGUCUAUAAAACACACAGAAAGAAUGGCUAGACAAAUGAAAUGACAAAAGUCAUUGAAAAUACAAGCUUAAAUUUUUUGUUAGAUUCACCAUACAUAAACUUCCUCUAUCAAGUUGCUAUAAACAUUUAAAACUGGCUUAUUUUCGAUUUUGAUACAUAACUUCUUGUGACCCAGUAGUAAACAGUAAGCUGCCUGGCAGUGGUCCAUGGACAACACUGUGAAAAGAGGUGCUUUAAAAGAAAAGAGGUGUAACUAUUUCUCAUUGCAACUAUGGAAUAAAAAUUAGUUGUCACUUCUCAGAGUUAACUGCAAUUCUAAAUUCCAACAUUAUAAAUCAGUUUUUGCAUAUUAUAAACCCUUUAUAAAUUAUACAUCGUGUAUUCGUUCACAUAUGGCUUGUUUCAUCCAUCACUGUGUCUCUAAACCUCAUCAUUAGUGCAUGUGGCAGAAGUUUAUUUAUUUUCAGUCUGUAUAAAAUUCCAUUAUAUGAUUAUAUUACAAUUUAUCCAAUCUACUGUUGAUGGACUUUUUCAUUGCUUACAGCUUAGGGUCAUAAUAAAUAAUGCCUCUAUGAACAUAUUUGUAUUUUAGUAUACAUAUAUUCAUUUCUCUUGUGUAUAUACUUGAGAGUGGAAUUGCUCGGUCCUGAGGUAUAUGCAUGUUGGUACUAUCAAACAACUCAGAACUUUCACAACAUGAGAUAAUUCACUCGACAGAAAAACAGCUAUAAAUAUUAUCAAUAUGGUGAUGGUUCAAACAAGAGCAUUCAUACUAAAGGGAAACUCUAUGAAUGUUGUGAAACCUGGGAAUCCAAAUGUAAUGAAUGUCCAAAGUCUUUUAGCCACAGCUCAGAUCUUAACAUAAUACUAGACACAUAAAUGUGAGAUUGCCUUUAGCAAUAAGAAUACCUGUUCAAAAUCAAAGUCGUGCUGGAAAAAGGAAGGCACCUAUCAUUUUCCUUGCUCAGUAUGAGGGAAUUCUAACUGUAUAAAAUACUGUGAGUAUAAUGAAGGGGGCAGGAGAUAACCUUUUCCCAUGGUUUGUAUCUUACUCAUCUCAUUAUAUUAAAAAAUGAUGAAUAUGGAAAAGCUUAUAGCCAUAGCUCAAAACCUUACAACAGCAGGCAAUCCACAAUGGACGAGAACGCUUCAAGCAAAAUGAUUGUAAGAAUAAUUAGCCAUAACUCAUUCUGUACAACAGCAAAGAAUUCACACUAUAGAAAGGAAGAUUAAAAAUAGAAAAGAUGAGGCUUGCAACUCUUAACUCUGGGGAAAGCUAUUUCCAUGAAAGUCCAACCAUACUGAGAUCAUAAUGCUAGAGAGUCUACGUGUAGACCCCAGUUGGGGCAUGCUAGUCAAUAGCCCCAUCUAAGCACCAAGCCAGUGUCAUUUGCCAACUAAAUGAAUCUGGGGCAAGUCAAGUCUUUUGGUGACUGUAGCCCCUGUUGAUAUACAACUGGAACAACGUGAGAGACCCCACCCCCACCCCCAGCCAAAGCAAGAACUGCUCAGCUGAGGCCUUCUCAAAUUUGUGACCCUCAAAAUAGUUACAUUUAAAAUUAAAUUUGAUGGGUUAAAAGGAAGGAAAAAAAUCUGUUAGAAUCUGUUUGUAUUAUAAAAAUAAAGGUAUGAAUAUUUGGAUUUCAGA